GACUAAUCUAAAAACAUUAAACACUUUAUUAAUUAUUAAUUCAUAGUAUACAAGUAUUGAGGAUAUAUAUAAUUCAAAUUACAGGCAUGCAUUCAAGAAAAGAUCAUAGCACCUUAACUGGGCCAUAUCUAUUUUAAGGAUUCUAAAUACUCUACUGUGUUUGCUUCUAAGAAAAUUCUCAUAAAGAUAAUAAUUGUUUACUUAUUUCAAAUUCCUUCCUUAAACGUUAAAUACUUAUUAUUUAAAUGAUGUUUUUUUACCUUAGCAAACAAUGUGUGUGAAUUUUAUUUUUUGAAACAUGAAAGUGACACUUAACAAAUAAUUAUGGGUACUUAACUAAGUCAAAAGUAAUGAAUAUUCAGACAUUUUUUAUUAUUUGAUGAGAGCAAACUAUUGCACCCUGAUUGUGCUAUGAUGGUAAUGACCUUAACCUCCUUGUUUCCCAGUGUGAGUUAGUGCAAUAUAAUGAGAGGAAGAAGAACUCCCCGUAUAGUGGCUCUCAAAUGACAUAUCCUGAAAAAGAGUAGUAAUUGUUGGAAAAUUCCAGAUACAUUAAGCAACAAGGAUGUUCCCUUAUGAAAUUGUACCUGUGGAAGAUGCCUUGAACAGACAACUGAUGAACGAUUUUAAAGGCGAACGAACAGGAUUCGUGCAAGUAGGACCGAAGAAAUGGCUCCUUCCGGCAUCUUACGCCGAUCACGCAGAGAAAUUUUAUUCAUACGAUGUAAGAAGUGAUGAUAUAUGGCUUAUGACGUUUCCGCGUUCAGGAACGACUCUAUGCCAAGAGCUUGUAUGGCUUUUAAACAACAAUUUGGAUUUCGACGCAGCUGUCAAUAUAGCGAUGGAGAAGCGAUUUCCAUUUUUUGAAUUUACUAUUUUGCAUACAGAGAAGUUUCAUGCUGAACUAAGAGAAUUGAACAAGAACGAUCCCGUGGUGAACCAGAAAUUGGCUUUCUGGAGGAAACCGAUCUACGAGAUGGAGUUGACCUCACCGAGGCACAUCAAGACCCACUUACCGUUCUCGCUGCUGCCGCCAGAGCUCAGCGAUAAGUGCAAAGUUAUCUACAUCGCGAGGAAUCCGAAAGAUGUCGCCGUUUCAUAUUAUCACCAUAAUAGGCUGCUCAGGGUCCACGACUACCAAGGCGACUUUCCCAAGUACUGGAAAUAUUUUCAGGAUGAUUUGUUGGUUUUCUCGCCAUAUUGGGAACACAUAAAGGAAGGAUGGGAAGCAAGGCACAAGAAAAACGUUUUAUUUUUGUUUUAUGAAGAUCUCGUUAAUAACAUGUCUGACUCUGUAAAGAAGACGGCAGAGUUCCUUGGAAAAAAUAUCACAGAGAACGACGUCCAGAAACUAUGUGCUCAUUUGAACAUCGACAAUUUCCGUAAAGUCGUUACAGUUCAUGAAAAUAUACCUAUAAUAGGCGCAGCAAAUACAGGAGAGCAGGGAUUUCUGAGGAGAGGAAAAGUUGGUGGUAACACUGAGUUCACAGAUGAAAUGAAUAAGGCAGCUAAUGAAUGGAUUAAAAAGAACCUGUCAAAUACUGAUCUUAAAUUUCCAUGUUACUGAAUCUGCAUGCGAUUAGACUUUACAAUCUCUAGUGGACCUGGAGGAAGUUUCAAACAACUAAUAUUCACGAAUCACAUCACAUAUUUUUAAAUGCUUGUUUCGCAAAUAUUUUAAAUAAAUACAUUUAAACUGUGUCAUUCAUUAUUAUCAAAAACCUAUAUUUCGCGUGAGCAACUAUAUUUCAAACAGUAGCUCACAAAAUUGAAAGUACUUUAUUUUAAAAAGUCAGCCAAAGGAUGCAGUAAAAAAUCAAACUAAUAUGUACAUACAUAUGAUAUUUUUUAGUUGUAUACGUUUCGAAUUAUGUCCUAAUUCUUCAUCUAGAAAAAAAACAACAAGAUACAGGAAAACUAAAAUUAAUGUUAAAUUUAUUUUUUGUUUUUGUUAUUUAUUAAGAAGUAAUACAUUCUGUCAAACUUAAAGCAUACAUUACUAAAGCUAUGUGUGACACAUUCAUACGAUAAAUACAAUAAAACUACAAAAAUAAAAUUAUAUUAUAUA